GUAGAUGAGGCAUGAUGCUUCUCCAGACUUCUGUGGCCUUUGCAUAUUCCUGUAAAUUUUCAAAGAUGCUUCAGAGAUUACCAUGACUGGUUUCUUGAAUGCUUUCAGAGAUUGGCCAGCCUGGUUGAGACCACUUAGCGAUGACAAAACGAAAGCUUCUGCUUGAUGGAACAUUCUCCUUGAUUCUGAUCGUGGCUUGUGAAGCUCAGCAACUUCCGAGGAGUCAUGCUGCCACCAAUUCUGGUCCUCUGUGUGAGAAGGAGGCAGAGUCCUGGGGAAACCUGUUAAGCAGUGAGCGGCUGGAUGCCUGGAUCUGUUCCCUCAUUGGCUCGUUCAUGGUGGGGCUGAGUGGGAUCUUCCCUUUGCUGGUGAUCCCCUUUGAGACAGGAGCUGCUCUACGGUCAGAAGCUGGAUCACGUCGUUUGAAGCAGUUGUUGAGCUUUGCAAUUGGUGGACUACUGGGGAAUGUGUUUCUCCACCUGCUUCCUGAAGCCUGGGCCUAUACAUGCAGUGCAACAGCAGGAGAAGGGCAGAGCUUUCAGCAGCAGAAGCUUCUGGGUCUCUGGGUGAUCGUUGGUUUCUUGACUUUCCUGGCACUAGAGAAGAUCUUCCUAGAGAAAGAAGAGGAGGGAUGCCCUGGUGUGGGCUGUGAUUACAAGACCCCUUCUGGAAAGAUUCCCAAUGGAAGUGGCUACCCUCUAUCAAAGGUGGCAGGCAAAUCACAAAGAGCAGAAACAAAUUCAACUCAGUGUAACGGCUCUUCUCUCCAAUCUUGUCGAACAGACAACAGAAUCAAGAUUAGUGGGUACCUCAAUUUGCUGGCCAACACCAUUGAUAACUUUACUCAUGGCCUGGCAGUAGCAGCCAGCUUCCUGGUUAGCAGAAAGGUUGGGUUCCUAACCACGAUGGCCAUUCUCCUCCAUGAAAUACCACAUGAGGUUGGGGACUUUGCAAUCCUACUGCGGGCUGGGUUUGACCGCUGGAGUGCAGCCAAGAUGCAGCUUUCUACAGCUCUGGGAGGAAUUGUAGGAGCCUGCUUUGCAAUAUGUGCACAGUCACCAAAAGGAGCAGGGGAAACUGUAGCCUGGAUCCUCCCAUUCACUUCUGGAGGAUUUCUGUAUAUUGCCUUGGUAAAUGUUGUGCCUGAUCUUCUGGAGGAAAAGAACCCAUGGAACUCCCUGCAGCAAGUUCUGCUCCUGUGUACAGGCAUUACAGUCAUGGUGCUACUUGCUCACAACUGACUGACUUCUUCACAGACCUCAUGAUGCCUCCCAGAGCUACCACAGAGUCUCUGAGAUGUUACAAAGCAAUAAGGAACACUAGUGUUACUUCCUAUGUGCGUGUGUGCAGAUCUGGCUGCUAGUGUGAGAAGCAGGUGAGAGAGGAGGUCUGGGUGUGUAAGACCUGGCUCUCCCAUCCCUGUUCUGCUAAAAUCCCACACAUUGGGGCUUCCAUUAUAUUUUUUAAUGGAGCAAACAGUGAGAAGAAUGAACUGAACAAAUGCUUCGCUGAGAAUGGAUGACGUUUCAUUUGGUUCAUUCUAGUGGAACUGCACCUCCCAAGGUCUUCUGUGAAAACAACGAAGGUGGUUCUUGCAGCUGAUGAAGAGGAACUUAUUCUACCACUCUAAGGGCUGGAGACAGAACAGGGAUGGCAAAGCAACAGUAACCCAACAGCUUUAGCCUUGGGUAACUCCUUACCCAUGAGGAGUUACAGUGCUAAGAAAACCUGCUUUGUAGAUAGAGAGGAAAGGCUACUUUCAACUUCUCUGGCUUUUCAUUGACGUCACUUGUUUCUAAACGUAGUAUUAGCUUAGGCAGUCCACUUUGGUCUGUUUUGUACUGAUGUUGAAAACAAGCCAAGAACUUGAGGCAUUUCAGAAUAGGUCACUACAGUUAAAUGUCUCAGUUUGGAGAUAACUUGCCUCAACCCUUACCACUCCAACAGCCAGCACAGCCUGCUUUUUUUUCUGAAAAAUGGUCAGAAAUGCUUAUUCUGUUGCCAAACUAUAAGCUCACCUACAUCUGAAAAGAAUGCCAUGUAGCUUCUUCUACUGACUUUUCUCUCCUCAUAACCACUAUCUGAACAUGGCUCUGAGCCUGCUCUCAAGACCCAAUUCACCCAACCAUUUGCCCCACGCCGAUCUCAGAGUCUUCCUUAGAUGGAAUGGUUAGCAUGUUAUCUGGCAUGCUACUGCAGUCCGGGACUGCCAUGGCUAAGGUCUGUCUGGGCAGUUUGGACAGUGAUUGAACACAAUACAGCCUGGUCAACAGUAUAUAUUCCAGGUUAGUUUUUCCUUUGUUCACUGUAGUAUAUUUAAGGGCAUGCUAUAACCAAAUGGUUGAUUUCUGGGCUUCGUACCUCAUAGUGGAGUUAGUCUGCUGGAGAUGAACGGAUAAGAAAUAAUACUGCUGGCUCUUUAAACAAGGGCCACAGCAGCAGGGAAUGCUGGAGAGAGGGUGAAAUGGAAAGGGUGAAAGUGCUGAUGGAAAGAAUGGGUCUGGAAAAGCUGUGUGGUAAGUAAGGAGAGAAAAUGCAAUAAGCAUGCUUUAAAGUUUUUCUGUUGUACAAUGCUUGGGAUAAAAUUUUUGGCAGUUUUAGGCCAACAAAAAUGAAUGAUAUUUCUAGUGCUUUGCCUGUCUUGGCAAAGCUGGCAGGGCCGACCAGGCCCUCAUUCCCCAGGGAUGCAUUAGUACCACAGAGGUGUGCGCAGUUGCCUUUUGCAGAGCUUAUCCUCUCUUUGCAUAAAUCUGUUUAGAAACUGGUCUGAUUGAACUAGCAGAAUCAUUGAACACAGAACAGGUGCCACAAUGUAAAUUGCACCAAUUCAGUUCUGUUUUUAAAUAGCUUCUGUAAAUCAGUAUGACUUAAAGACUUUGUCUGCAUAAAGCCUUAUCGAGAGGGCUCAUCCCUUGAGGGGGUCAUUUGGUCAGAGCAGUGAGACAGGUAUGCUGCCCACAGCAGUGGCAUUUACUUCCCUGAGAGAUUCCUGAACUGUAGACACAGUUAUUUUCUUAUGACAGCUCCUGUCCUACUUUUCAGAGAAAGCUGGAGAGCUUAUGCUUGCAGCUCUCUCUGCCCAGGAACUGCUAUCUAAAAUUUUCCUUACUCUAGGCUCACAAAAUAACUAGUUUCACAAGGAGGGAAGCUUAGUGCAAUUAUUAUUAUUUUCUUUAAAAGUUGCUAUUCUUUGCCAGCUUAUUUGUCAUUCAGUUGUUUGAAGUCUGAAUGUAGCAUCCACUUUUCCUGGGAUAAGGAUUAAUCUGAUUAUCCUGCAGGAAUUGGGGGACUAUACUAAUCUCCUAGUUCUGGUUUUGUAGUUUUCCCCCACUCUCCCUGGGGUCUGAAGCUAACCGGACCCUGUAGUAGUAGGGCUCUGGAGGAAGAGUUUGCAGAGAAAGAUGUGACUGCUGUUUCCCAAGAUGUCUUUCUUAAAAUUAGAAUGGCAUUUAAUUUAAGUUGAAGGAUUGCCAGGUGAGUGCCUGUGAGUUGGCGUUAUUGCAUCAGCACUGAGUCUUGCCAGGACUAAACCACAGUCAGGAAUUCGUGCUCAGCAUUCAGGAAUGUCAAGUGGUUGAUGCUGAAGAAAGAAUUUGAGUUGUUUUCCUUGGCUGAUAUCAGAAGCCUGAGAGUCUGUAGUUCUUGGGAAGACACCCCGUAGGAGGUAGCAGAGGCCUUAUGGGAUGGGCUGGUUAGUUUUCCUCUAUGUGCAAUGUCAGCCCUGGGGCUAAGGAUGCAGAGCCUUGGGAGGAAAUGGAGCAUCACUCCACCACAUUUGUCACUUUUGGAAAUGCAGAGAGACUAGUAUUUUCUAAGCUCUAUUUUUUUCAGCUGCUCUUUUGCAUUUUCCCCCUUCAUCUGUAUUGGUCUGCUCUGCAUGGAGACAGUAGAGAUGAAAUAAAUGGUUUUCAAUGUGG